CUGUGACUUGGUGGUUUCCUUGCAGGCCAAGUUGGAGGCGGCUGCCCGACUGUCUGAACUGCAGCCUUCUGUGCAAGUAGUUCAGAAUAAUCUACAACAACUCAAGCGGCUUGUUUCAAGAAUGGACUCGGAGGGAGAAGCUGAGAUGCAGCUUGCAGGAAGAGACUUUGCCUAUAGUCUGGCACGGAUCUAUGCAGGAGUCCUUCUACUGGAGCACGCUGCCGGGUCUGGUGCCUCAGCUACAGAUAUCUAUGCUGCUCAGAGGUGGUGCCAGCAGGACAUCUGCCUGGUGGACAGAGAAGACAAGGCUGGCUCUUACGGUUCUAAAGGAGCUUCUCUGGAUACAUCUUUGGUUUAUGAUGGGUAUCCAUUUCUGAGAGGAAGACUGUAGCAAAGAAGAAAGAAAGCCAAAGAUGCCAUCUGGUGAAGGGCGUGACAUGGAUGCGAAGUGUGUCUGUGUCUCUACGUGUAUAUAUGACCCUCAGGUUUUUGGGUUGAAAGAACUAAUCUAGACAACAUUCUGAGGGUACAUUCCAGCUAAGCACCUCUAUUGUGCCCGUUGCUUACUGAACUCACCGAAUGACUUCUGCAAUAAUUCUUGAAGGUAAUCCCUGUAUCUUAAAUAUGUCCUUUAGAGCAGUCUUUCCCUUCCGUUGCUCUCUGGACGUGUUGGACUUCAGCUCUCAUGUCUCAUUGAACACGUUGCCCGCUAGAUUACGGGAGUAGAAGGACAACACAUCAGAGAGGGACUGGAUAGCAAAGGCUGAAUUAGAGACUCUGAUCGUGAAGGACUCAACCCUGGAACAAGCAAUUUGGCUUUAUAUUGCUAGAGAGAAAAGAUAAACCCAAGUCAAAAUCCAGGUACAUCAGGUUAGGAAACCAGUGCCAUGUAGAUCUAUACUGCUUGUACGGUAAGGCUAUAGCAACAGAAUCUUGCAAGUCUGAGGAAGCUUCUUUCCCCCUCCCUUUAUCUUUGUGUUAACUACAGAGGCUUGACUGAGACAUUUACUCGCAUUCUUUUUUUGGCCGCAGCUCAGGCCCCUUUUAUCUGGCCAUUGCCUUGGUGGUGGGUCUUCUUAGUACAUCAUAGUACCUCAGAACCAAGCAAACUAUAUUAUAAACGCAAUGGAUGCAUCCAGCUAAUGACGGAAAGCGCCUCUGGGAUCUAAUCAUCAAGUUUGCUCUAGAUAGAUAUGCCUGUUACAUCUGGAUUCAAAGGCGACAUGUGCUGUGAUGCUGCAUUUCCUUUUAUGCAUUUAAGCAGCCAUAAAAUUCCUCUGUAAAAUAAUUCGGAAUGUAACGUUCUGUUCCUUUAAUUUCAGUUGAAGGGAGAAGUAACCUUCUUGUUCACAUAUCCCACAAUAAAAGGUGUUCCUGAAUUAA